AUGAGUGCAGUCUGCUCCAGCUACUACAGCGCAGAGAACGUGUUCAUGAACGGCUUCUCGUGUCCCAAAAGCGGGAGUGACGCUCGUGCGGGGUUCUGUUGUGGAUUUAAUGAUAUUAAGUACUGCUGUGACGAUCCCAAAAGUUUUUUUCCUUACGAGUAUGGGUACAUGUGGUGGCUGAGUGUGGGGGCCCUGGUGGGUCUGUCCAUAGCGGCGGUGGUCCUUUUGGCCUUUCUCAUUACCAUCUGUGUUCUCUGCUACCUGUUCAUCGCCACCAAGCCCAGUCGUCUUGACAACGGCCUGCCCUUGAGAGCUCCAGUCAUAGUCCCCAGUGAGGGGCCCAGCAGCUCUGCUUUGGCCCCUGCCACCAGUGGACCACAGGGCUUCAGGAAGCAUUUCAUGAGCAGGAAGUUGGACUGUGACAACCAGCCACCUGACCCUGAGCGUCUGUUCCAGAGGUGCUUCAUGGCCACUGUCACCACCGUGAAAAUGGAAGGUCCCUCAUAGGGCCCUCUGAGGAGGGUUAUACACAUACACACUCUGGUAUGAAUGUGUGAAGGACAAGAACAAACCAGAAACCAAAUCUGAACCAUACACUGUGCACAUUAAAAGGUUUACAUGGAUGCACAGUUUGGCAGAGCGUCAUCCAUUUGGACAAACUCCUAGCACCCUAGCAAAGCUCUGAGGUCUUAGUCAAAUUCUUAAUGCAUAUACCUAUAUCUAACAGUGGGUGAACAAAAGGAAUGUUUAUUAAACAGUUUUAAAAGCACAACCUCCAUACAGCAAAGCUUUCAAAAACUUGAUAAGUAGAAGUCAGCAUCUCAAAGGCAGAGAUGCAUAACACCCCUUUUACCUGCUAAUGAUGGUUUGUUUACUGUAAAAAUAACUUGUUUUUUUUAACUAUAAAUAACUAUACUUGUUGUGUUUGGCUGUCCACAAGGGAACGUAUGUACUAUCAUUGGGUUUCUACAACAACUGAAAACAACUGAUUACAAGCUCAUCAUUAGGUAUUGGAGUUUGACACACAAAGGGUGCACUGAGGAUAAUGUGCCAAUAUAUAUUUUUUCCUGUGAAAUGCCCAAUUUAGUUUGUGUUUCUAG